AUUCAUGCCCUUGAUUACAGCUCCUGCUCUGUGUUCUCUGAGCUGCAAUGUGGCCCCACAGAGCACCAUGGCUCCCUGGCUCACGGGCUGCCGUCGUCGGAGGUGCUGCAUUGGCCGGUGGGUGGCGGGUGGCGUCUGUCUGGGGGAAGUUCUGGUGGCCCCAUGCUGCUGUGGGGCUCCCUCUUGGGGGACUGGCCUUCUCUGUUAUGACAGGGCAGGGACUCAGUUCCCUUGGGGCGGCAGGUGGCUGCAUCUCGGGGCUGGAGGGCUCUGGGUCAGGCUGUGCGUAGCCUUCGUCACUGUCAACCCCUGCCUGGGCAGCUCAGCCUGGACAGCCUAAGGAGGCAUCUCACCGGCGCCCAGGUGGCUGUGCCAGGGGACUCACGGCAGGACAGCUUUGUCACGAGAAGGCCACUUGGGGCGGAGCCGGACUUUUAGGCCAGAGUCAUCAGGGCUUAUGGGGACAAGGCAGGGUGAGGGCCGGUGAGACUGCCAGCCCAAGGGUGCCCUUCUGGAGGUCGGGGAAUGCCUUCCUGGGCAGCAGCUUUAGUGGCUGCUGUGGGGAUGGGGAAGAAGAUGGGGCUGGUGAGGAAGGGCCUUGGGGACUCGUAUUCUGGUAGAGGCCGUGGGGGAGGGCAGGGGACUGGUUGGCCCAGCAGGGCUGGCCGGUGGAGGGACGUGGAGGGUUGGUGGCUGCCGAGGCUGGGUCUGAGCAGGCCGGGAUGGGGGUCAGGCACUGAGGCUGGGGAAGGAACAGUGCUGUCGUGCUGAGUUUGGACGGCUGAGUGCGACCUCUCAUCAGAGCUGCAGGAGGAGAUAGGAGCCAGCAGGGGACCCCCAACCCCCAAGUCCUAUCUGAGGGGACUGGCGCAGCCUGGGCUGGAGAUGACCCCAAGCAGCUGCUUGGUUCUGGUGCAUCUUGGGGUCUCCUGGGACUUCCUGCAAACCCGGUGCCCAGAGACCUUCUGUGGCUGUCUGGCCGGUGAGGGGGGGCAGGUCCCAGCCUGUGGUGACCCCCGGAGUGCAGGAGGCUACCCCGGUCCCUCUCCAGAGUGUACUGAUGCCCAGCACACACAUGACUUAGGGCCAAGUGGGCAGAUGUGGCCAACAGGAGGGAGGAUCCGGCAAGCAGCUGGUGAUGGGCUUCCGGAGAUGGCUUUGGCACGUGGUCUGGAGGCACUGGGGUCAUUGGGCCCCCACCGUGCUGCCUCCUGGGGCUUGAUGCCUCCAGAGACCUUCGGGGCUGUUGCCCCUCACCUCAGCCUCGUCUUCUUUAAAAGAAAUGUUUAUGUUAGAAUAGUCUGAGAUUUGCAGGAAAGUGAGGAAGCUAGCACGGGCUUCGGGUGCACCCCGCACUGUCUCCCCUGUGGGUCUGUUGAGGCUUUCUUACAAUGUGAGGUUAAGUCGAAGGAGCCCCCAGCGUCUGCAGGAUGUGAACCUGGAGACGGUCCUCGCGUUGCUGAGCUGAGAGUCAUGUGUGGCCGUGAGUUUUUUUAAUCAGGAAAAGCAGUGUAGGUCCUGGGUUUGGAUGGUGCAGGCCCCUCUGGGAGCUGUGUGCCUUCAUCUCGGAGCGGGUGAGGGAGGUAUAGGCCUGGAGCCCUUGACUCCCAACUGGCCAGCUAGGAGGGCUUUUGGGAGGCCAGCUCCCUGGCAUGAGGUGCCCAGGGCCUCCAGACAUCGCACUGACUGGGUGGGAGCUCCGGGACUCGGACGCUGGGUGUCAGUACGGGAGGCUUGGCCUGGCAGGGGGCUGCUUUGUGGGUGCACCGUGGUCCCAGGGUAGGGCAGAGGGUGGACAGACCUCCCCCAAAGUUAAGGACAGGUCUCGCCCCAGGGCUGUUUCCAAGACAGAGGCCCCUGGAGGAGAACCAGGUGCUGGGCCUCAGGUGUCUGUCCUGAGCUGGGGCAGCCUUGGAACAAGGAGCUGCAGGAGGUCCCUGUGGCACGGGGCGCAGCCCCUCAGCUCUGCCAGGGCCGGCCCGGGGAGCACAGGGCUACCGGAGUCCUGUCGCAGGCCCCUCAGCUCGGGACCUUCAGGAGGGCUGGGGUGGCCUUCCCACAUCUGCUUCCUCCUUGGAACCACAGGUGUGGGCAAGUACUGGGUGGUUCUGAGACGCACUGAGCAGCAUUGAGGGGUAUCUAGGAGCCUCCGGGAGCAGCAGCCAGCACCUUGUUACCAUGGGCACUAUUGAUGAGUAUUGGUGGGUCUUGGUGAGCAGCAGCUGGUACUGGGCCGCCGUGGGCAGUAUUGAUGAGUAUCGGCCGGUAUUGAUGCGUUUGGCCGGGCAUGGAUGGCGCGGUGCCUUGCCCCCUAGCCAGGCUGGCUUGUGGCGGAGGUGUGACAUUGAGGCUGUUUUCUCCUGUCCUUUUAGUUUCUGUUUUUGUGCCGGAUCCAGGUGCAGUGGGUGGGGGUAGGGCUGGGGGGGCUGGAGGGAGCAGAGACCCUGCCUUCAAGGCCCAGCGCAGGUCGUCGGGGGCCCAGGCUCAGGCGGGGGGAUCCCACUCCACCGUGUUGCUCUAGGGUCCUCCACAGGGGAGCCCCACCCAGCGCCUGCCAUGAAGAGUGGUGUCAGGGACCCUGACUGGGAGGUGUGUUCUUGCGUGGGGCUGCACCGUGUGCAGUGGUGUCUCUGGAAGCUGGAGAUGGUCGGCAUGUGUGCUUGAAUCCUGCAGAGGGAAGUGAGGGGUGGAGAUUCUUCUGUAAGGCCUCUAGCAGGGGUGGCCUCCCAGCGCACCACCAGGGUCUUAGGCCUGGCUGAGCAGCCCCUCUUGGCUUGGCAGGCAGUCGUCUCUGCCUAUGCCUGCACACUGCGGCUGGUGGCCGGCUCCUGUCCUGGUCUGCUGGACGUCAGCUGCACCUUGGGGUCAGCCCCUGUGUGGUGUCUUCAUGCCAGAGCAGGGGCCGGAUGUGGGUGGCUCAGUGACACCCUCCUCGGGGCUGGGUGAUCGUGGGCACUCCCAGCCCCCUGUACAUCCCAGGGCUUCGUGCCUGGAAGGCUUGGCCCCUCAGAUGCCCCCCUCUGCUGUGCAUUUGGCCAUCGAGGUCCGUGCCCUCAGCUUCCUGCCAGGCCCUGGCCUAGCAGUCAGAAAGAGCUAAGCAGUGCUUUCGAGAGAAUCAAGGGAGCGUCGCUGGGGUACUCUGAGGGUCAGAGGUGGAGAUGUCGUGGCCCAGGGCAGGCAGUGGCAGGCUGGAUGCUGAAAAGCCAGCAGUACCUCUCCCGGUGGCUCCCGGGACUUGGCCACAUGAGAUAGAAGCUUCCAGAACAGUAGGCAGAGCCUUCCGCAGUUUCCCUGCCCACAGCACGCACCAUCUGUCCUGUUCUCCGUCCCCUGGUUCUUGGACACGGGGGACAUCUGGGUGCAGCUAGAGCCUGUGGGGUGGCCUUAGCCUUGGGGGGCGGUUCCCAAGAGGCGGCAUAGGGGCCACUGGAACCCGGCCUCGGGCCUGGCGUUGCCACCUCGGGGUGAGUGCCCCUCACAUGUGUGGCGGGAGCCAGCACCCCUGGCUGACAGCAGGCCCCUGAGUCCAGUAAGACUUUGACCCCGACGCAGGCUUCAGUGAUUGCCGUGGAUCAGAAGCCUGAGCGCUUUGGCUCGAGACAAUUAAGGACGUGGGAUGAGGCUCCGAGACAGGACGCGGUUCUGCCUGGGGACCCUGAAGAUAAAAAGCUUUGAAAAGUCGAAUUCAUGGUCGUGGAAGCCGAGCCCAUAUUAAGAGAUGUCAGGCGUCCGACCUCCGAUCAUGAACGGGCCCCUGCACCCGCGGCCCCUGGUGGCACUGCUGGAUGGCCGGGACUGCACGGUGGAGAUGCCUAUCCUGAAGGACGUGGCCACUGUGGCCUUCUGUGAUGCGCAGUCCACGCAGGAGAUCCACGAGAAGGUCCUGAAUGAGGCCGUGGGGGCCCUGAUGUACCACACCAUCACACUCACCAGGGAGGAUCUGGAGAAGUUCAAAGCCCUGCGUAUCAUCGUCCGGAUCGGCAGUGGUUUUGACAACAUCGACAUCAAGUCGGCCGGGGAUUUAGGCAUCGCCGUCUGCAACGUGCCUGCGGCGUCCGUGGAGGAGACGGCCGACUCGACGCUGUGCCACAUCCUGAACCUGUACCGGCGGGCCACCUGGCUGCACCAGGCGUUGCGGGAGGGCACGCGAGUCCAGAGCGUCGAGCAGAUCCGAGAGGUGGCGUCCGGCGCCGCCAGGAUCCGUGGGGAGACCUUGGGCAUCAUCGGACUCGGUCGUGUAGGGCAGGCGGUGGCGCUGCGAGCCAAGGCCUUCGGCUUCAACGUGCUCUUCUACGACCCCUACCUGUCGGACGGUGUGGAGCGGGCGCUGGGGCUGCAGCGCGUGAGCACCCUGCAGGACCUGCUGUUCCACAGCGACUGCGUGACGCUGCACUGCGGCCUCAACGAGCACAACCACCACCUCAUCAACGACUUCACCGUCAAGCAGAUGAGACAAGGGGCCUUCCUGGUGAACACGGCCCGGGGUGGCCUGGUGGACGAGAAGGCGCUGGCCCAGGCCCUGAAGGAGGGCCGGAUCCGUGGCGCAGCGCUGGACGUGCACGAGUCGGAACCCUUCAGCUUUAGCCAGGGCCCCCUGAAGGACGCACCCAACCUCAUCUGCACCCCCCACGCCGCAUGGUACAGCGAGCAGGCAUCCAUCGAGAUGCGAGAGGAGGCGGCACGGGAGAUCCGCAGAGCCAUCACAGGCCGGAUCCCAGACAGCCUGAAGAACUGUGUCAACAAGGACCAUCUGACGGCCGCCACCCACUGGGCCAGCAUGGACCCCUCGGUCGUGCACCCCGAGCUCAAUGGGGCCGCCUACAGCAGGUACCCUCCCGGCGUGGUGGGUGUGGCCCCCACUGGCAUCCCAGCUGCUGUGGAAGGCAUCGUGCCCAGCGCCAUGUCCCUGUCCCACGGCCUGCCCCCUGUGGCCCACCCGCCCCACGCCCCUUCUCCUGGCCAAACUGUCAAGCCCGAGGCGGAUCGAGACCACGCGAGUGACCAGUUGUAGCCCGGGAGGAGCUCUCCAGCCUCGGCGCCUGGGCGGAGGGCCGGAAGCCCCUCGGACCAGAGUGUGCAGAGGAGGUGCCUGCGUGACGGCCCUGGCGCUGCAGAGACUGUCGGGCGGUGCAGGAGGCGGGUGGGCAGUGCCGGGCCCGUGUCGGUUGUUGUCGUCCGUCCCGUGGGCUCUCUGUCCUGUGUCCUUGCGUUCCUCGUUAAGCAGAAGAAGUCAGUAGUUACUCUCCCAUGAACGUUCUUGUCUGUGUACAGUUUUUAGAACAUUACAAAGGAUCUGUUUGCUUAGCUGUCAACGAAACACCCCUGAGGGAGCAUUCGGAAAUGAAUUGGAUGUUAUUUUUCCCUUUUCUGUGUUGGAACGUGCCCCGGAUGAGGCAGUUGGCAAACUUCUCAGGACAAUGAAUCCUUCCCGUUUUUCUUUUUAUGCCACACAGUGCAUUGUUUUUUCUACCUGCUUGUCUUAUUUUUAGAAUAAUUUAGAAAAACAAAACAAAAGCUGUUUUUCCUAAUUUUGGCAUGAACCCCCUUGUUCCAAAUGAAGACGGCAUCACGAAGCAGCUCCGGGAGGAGAAGCUUGGGCGGUGCCCGGCACGCCCGCUGCCCGCCGACGUCUGUCCUGGGGGCGCGGAGGGUGGCAGCGUCCCCGCCUGCACCGGUGCCGUCCUGCUGAUGUGGUAGGCUAGCAAUAUUUUGGUUAAAAUCAUGUUUGUGACUGUAACCAUUUGUAUGAAUUAUUUUAAAGAAAUAAAAAUCCCGGAAAGAGCC